AUGCCAGAGAGUCGACAAUGGAAGGCGCAGAGGCAGAUACAGAUAUUGAUCGAUGCCUUGUGCCCGAAGUGGUCUUCUGUAGUCUCCAGGCCACGAGAAAUGGUACAAAGACCUUUCAUCCGUGCCGGUUUCCGUUGGCAGCUGGGCCGACAUCGUAGCCACGAAGAGGCCAGGGAGGUUGACUGGCAACUCGAAGCCGACCGGCUUCGAGACCUCAAGCGCGACUGCGAGACCCUCGCUGGGAUUGACUUGUUUAAAGCCCGAAGGAUGCAGUUGUUGAGUAUUGGAAGCUCAGAUGGUUGGUAG